AAUGAGCUGUUACUAUAGAAACGAUCACGUAUCAGAACGAGCGCAUUAAUAUAAACCUGUGAUUUGCAGCUGCGCUACUGUCAGAGCCGCUGUUAUAGACAAUUAAUCGACACCUUCUGACCAAUCAGAAUCCAGGAUUCAACACUGUGUGGAAAAAAGGGAACAUUUGAGAGAUAUUUUAAUAGUUUUAAAUUUAGUCAAUUAAAAUUGCUGUAAUUUUUUCCUCCAUUAAACCUAAUUUUUCUAAACAGACUCUAUCAAGCAUUAUGAAUUUCAUUAAGGGAUUUAUUAUUGUUUUUGCCUUGAUUAACAUGUCAUAAUUCAUCUGUCUAUUAUUUCUACACACUCCCUUCUUUGCUUUGUCUGCACAUUGAUUUGUCCAUCAGCACCUUUAUUCACCUUCUCGUCCAUUUCAGCAGAUUUCAUUUGUGGGUUCACCUCGUUUUCUUUGUAUUCUCAUGACAUGCUUUUACUUUAAGUACGUGUAAGUAUGUGAUAGGAAGUAGAUUUACAUAGUGGUGUAAGUACACACACACACACACACACACACACACACUAUCCUAAUCUCUUUGAAGUCCAGCAGAAUGAGUGGAGGGGGCUCGUCGGUGCUCAUGCAGUAUUCAUGUCGUAUGAUGUGUGGCUGAAGUGUGUGUGUGAUCGAGAGGGAAGUGUUUGUGUGUGUAUGUGUGUGUAGGUGGGUGGGUAUUUUUUGCGUGUCAGAGGCGUCCAUCGAGAGCCGCUUGGCGCAGCAGUCAUGCACCGCCGCUGCGGCUGAAGAAGUGUGUGAAAGGGGGCUGGGCUGGGAGGAGAACGAGAGAGAGAGAGAGAGAGAGAGAGAGAGAGAGAGAGAGGUGAGAGCGGCACACAGAUUGAGAGAGACGUGGAGAAGAGAGGAAAGGAGGGACCGUUGGACUUCUGCCAGGGUUUCCCAGCAACAGGGGGAGCAAGAAUCGCCUCCGAUUCAACCUCCCGAUGAAUUCCCGGCGGUAUUCCGCCCCUCUUGCCUGAUCCCGGACUCUUGUCAUCCUUUGCUCUAAGGAAGAGAGGGAAGCAGGAGAGAGAAAGAGUGCAGUGCAGGGGAGAGGUGUGGAGUUGAGUGAAGAGGGGAAGACGCGCCCCAAUUAGGAACAAGCGCAAAAGGGGAACAGACACGGAUAAAAGAAGGAAAGAAAGUAAAUCUUUGGAAUUCUUUUCGGACUUUGGCGUAGAUCAAAGAUGGAUAUAUUUUUUAGAGCUUUUUGAUGAGAGGAAGUGAUUUCGAGAAGUGAACAGCGAUAAAGAAGAGAUCUUUAUCUUGGAGUUGCCCAGGAAUGGUGUAUCUCUAUGAUCCGGAGUCUAUCGGAUUUGCUUUCCGUGCCAGGAAACUUUUCCCGGCUCACUUUUGCGAGCUUUUCUGACAUCUCACUGUCAUUUCUGCCUCAUUAUCCUUUCCUAUACCUGAGGUUCAUAUUUGCUUAAAAAUCCGAAUCUCGGAUGAAAUCCUCAUCCUCCACACCCCUGGUAUCUCCGACGCUCUUCACUCAUCCACUUCCUCCUACCUGCAGGAAAGCAUGGACCAAAAGUGUGAAAGUGUGGAAGAGCUAAAGGUCUGGAAAAAUAAACCUCAGUCAUCUGUUUGCUGUUAUGAACUCUGAGACGAGACAAUGGACUGGAGAGAACUGGCUGCUCAGAAGCUGAACCUCUCCAAACGGAAGAAGCCUCAGCCUCCUCCUCCUCCGUCCCCGCCUGACCCCGAUGAACCGUUCUUCUACACGGACGGCUUCAGCGCCGCCCUGCAGCUCUCACCCCCACCUGUCCCGCCAUGCCUGCUCAGGGCGGGGUCGAAGGUCAAAGACUGCCCCGGGAUGGGCAAGGUUAAAGUAAUGGUGCGCAUCUGUCCUGCUAAAGGGGAGCAGGACACUUCGGAGUCCAUGUCCUUCCUGAAGGUGGACGCUCAUAAGAAGCAGCUGACCUUCUGCGAGCCUCCAACUAGCGCUGCAGGUCAGAGACGCUUUUCCUCCACCACGGCCCCAAAGACCUUCAACUUUGAUGCAAUCUUCACCCAGGAUGCCUCACAAGCGGAGGUGUGUUCAGGGACGGUGGCGGAGGUCAUUCAGUCUGUCGUCAACGGUGCAGACGGCUGCAUCUUCUGUUUCGGACACGCCAACCUCGGUAAAACCUACACCAUGAUCGGUAAAGACGGUUCCACUCAGAGCCUGGGCGUCGCCCCGUGUGCCAUCUCCUGGCUCUUCAAGCUCAUCGAGGAGAGGAAAGAGAAGGCUGGUGCUCGGUUCUCUGUGCGCGUUUCGGCCGUGGAGAUCAGCGGGAGGGACGAGGUGUUGACGGACCUUCUAGCCGACUUCUCUACAGGAACGUUCCAGGAAGUCCAGGGUGCAGGGGUCUACCUGAAAGAGGACCCCAUCUCCGGUUCACAGCUCCAGAAUCAGAGUGAGCUAAGAGCGUCUACUGCAGAGCGAGCUGCCUUCUUUCUGGACUCGGCUUUAGCAUCACGGAGCACAAGCAGACCUGAAAAUGCUGAAGAGCAGCCGUGCAACUCUCAUAUGCUCUUCACCCUCCACGUCACCCAGUACCGCAUGGAGAAGAGCGCCAAAGGAGGAAUGUCUGGGGGUCGGAGUCGUCUACAUCUUCUGGACCUGGGCAGCUGUGAAUCCGAUGUCACUCGAACAAGGGAUGGAGGUGGAGGCCAGUGUCUGUCGCUGGCCGCUCUGGGGAACGUCAUCCUGGCUUUAGCCAAUGGUGCCAAGCAUGUUCCUUAUAGGGACAGCAAGCUCACCAUGCUACUGAGGGAAUCAUUGGGCAACAUCAACUGCAGAACUACCAUGAUCGCCCACAUCUCGGAUUCACCGGCCAGUUUUACAGAGUCACUCUCUACUGUGCAGCUAGCCUCUCGUAUUCAUCGCAUGAGGAAGAAGAAAUCCAAGUAUGCCUCCAGUUCCUCGGGAGGGGAGAGCUCUUGUGAGGAAGGACAAACCCGACGACCACCUCACUUAAGACCAUUUCAUCCCAGGACAGUGGCUUUAGACCCAGACCACCCUGCACUUCUGUCCAGUGAUCCAGACUACUCCUCCAGCAGUGAACACUCAUGUGAUACAGUUAUCUAUGUAGGUCCUGGAGGAGCCCAUAUUUCUGACCGUGAACUCAGCGACAAUGAGGGCCCUCCAGCCUUCGUUCCCAUCAUUCCUUCACUGAACAAAAAGCGUGCAAAAGAGGCUCCCAAAUCAGAUGGGGAUCAUCUAAAGUGCAACACAUUUGCAGAGUUACAAGAACGGCUUGAGUGUAUUGAUGGAAGUGAGAGCACAGCUACUUUUAUCGGUGAAGGAAAAGGACCUCAGACAGUCCCUAAGACUCAAGGUGGAGCUGGGAAAGCUACAGAUGGGGUUCUUGCAUGUACCAAGAUGAUUAAAUCCUCCCUCCAAAAGCCUUCGUACAUGGAACACUCCAAAAUGCCCUCAGAUGGAGCUAUAUCUGGUCAAACUUCAGCUCAAGAACCCGAGCCAGUUGUACGAGAGAAGGUCUUCCUCGACAAAGGACCUUCAUCCUCAUUACAAAAGACCUCAAAUUUGACCAGUGAUAGCACUUUAGCCACAAGGACACCUCCAGUGGGUAUGAGCCAGCCAGCCCUCAGACAAGGGGUACCUUAUAAUCUAAGUAGGAGCCUAAUGGAAGUGAGCCACCUCCGAGCAACUUUUCAGAGCAGAUGUCUUGAGAGAGAUGUUUUAAGAACUACUGUCACUCUACAGCAACCUGUGGAACUAAAUGGGGAGGAUGAACUAGUGUUUACUGUGGUCGAGGAGCUGCCCACUGGUCUAAUUCCAGACAACGGCCGACCCUCUAGCAUAAUCAGCUUUAACAGCGACUGCUCCCUCUCCCUGCAGGCUAUAUCCUCUGGAUCACGUCCAGUCAGUAUAAUCAGCAGCAUCAAUGAUGAGUUUGAUGCUUAUGUAUCAAAAGCAGACAGUGCACAAAAAACCCAUGCAAGGUCAAAAGAAGAAAUGUCAUCUGACCACAGCACAGCUCUAUCUUCCAAAGGCUCAUAUUUCAGAAAAACAGCGAAUACCGAUGCCACAUACUUGCCUAGAAGUAUUUCAUCAAAGGGGGUGACCAUACGUGAUAAUAUUUCAACAACGAAUAUGCCUGGUGCUUUAUGUAUGGAGUCUUCCUCCCAGCAAAGCACAAACAGCUCCUUCAGUGACAGUGCGAUAUGUUUUUCAGAGUUAGACUACCAAUCAGGGACCUCUGAGAAAAUUCCUAUAGCCAAGUGCCCACUAACUUUUGAUACGAAUAAAACAUCUUUCAGAGGUCAAAAAUCAGUUAAAUGUAGUACCACUAGCUCCUCACAGUCAGCACAGAUACCUAGUACGAACCAGUCUACUCUCCCGAGAAAAAACAAACCUACCUCAUCUGUUGAGCCAAAUAGCAGCUUCAACCGAGAAUUACAGAGGCAAGGAAGCAGGACAGAUGAACACUGGAUGCCCAAUAGUAGCCAGGUAGAUUCAAGAAGUACAGAAUUUAUCUCUGCAGGCAAGCCACCCAAAACUGGUAUGAGUGGAAUCCCGUCCAGGAAGACCACAGGCGGGAGCAGCAGCAGUGUACCACGGUCUCCAAAAAUGCCUCCAUCUUCCUCCUCCCAAAGGGUGGUGGAUGGUUGUGAAAAAUCCAGUGUUAAAAAAGGAGAGAGCCUGAGCAGAAUGCCACAGCUUAGACGAGGAGCCACAACACUUGGCAUGAUCACGGUGCCUCAAAGCUCCUCAGAGUCCAAGUGGGGCCAUGAUGCCAUGCAAACAAGUACUACGUUGAAAUACUCAUCCUUAGGGAAGCGGUCAAAUGGGCAGAAGAGCAGCUUGCUCCCAAUGUCUGGCAGCAUGUCACCCCCUGCCCCACCCAUCAGAAAAUCUAGCCUGGACCAGAAGACACGUGUUUUGGUGUCUCCUAGUGCCUUAAGGUCAUUGAGCAAUGAUGCAGCCAGAUCCUCAUCAUCCAAAGCAACAGUAUCUGAAGAGGAUUUUGAUGUUCGUCUUAGAGGGGAAUCUUUUAGCUUUAAAUCAUUCAGCUUAAAGGCAGGAUCCAGUCUUCAGACGCGAGGUGCAAAAGGAGACAAUGGAAGAUACUUUGGGAGUCUUUUCUCCCUUGAAAGGUGUGACAGCUUGACAUCAAUUGGAUCUAAACCAGGAAUGAUGAGAGAGAGCAGUAGUGUUAACCUGGGUGGUAAUGGCAAGUCUAAUAGGAUGGUACCAAGACUUGGGGUUACCAGCUCCACCUCUGCACCCCUAUCUCCUCCAUUGACAAGUACCCCUGGAGUCAGCAAAUUAGGGCAGAUCAAAGCUAAUAUAAGUCCUAGAGCCAUGGUUGGCAAUGGAAACAAAACAAAGUCCUUGUCUAACAAUGGUUCCAAACCUUUGAGUGCCACAAAAUCAUUUUCCACCUCAAGUGUACGGACUGCCAACCUACCUCCAAGUGGAAAAACAUCAACUCGUUCAGUUAUGGGGGCAAGUGCAAAAGCAGGUAAAGGCACCUUCAUGGGCACAAAGCAAGCCAUUAGAGCUGCUAAUAGCCGGGUCAGUGAACUAGCAUCAAGCAGCCCCAAGAAACACAUCAAGGGAACCGAUGACCAGGCAAGUGCUUCUGGUGAUUUUGGAUCAACUCCAAAAAGUGAGCUUUUACUGCCUUGUUCAUUGCCAUCACCGUACAGCAAGAUCACUGCUCCUCGACGACCGCAGCGCUACAGCAGCGGCCAUGGUAGUGACAACAGCAGCGUUCUUAGUGGGGAGCUUCCCCCAGCCAUGGGCCGCACUGCUCUCUUCUACCACAGUGGAGGCAGCAGUGGCUAUGAAAGCAUGAUCAGGGAUAGUGAAACCACAGGUAGUGCAUCUUCCACCCACGACUCCAUGAGCGAGAGCGGAGUGUCUACCUCCAGCCGAACCAAGGUGUCAAAGUCUCCCAAAAAGAGAGCCAAUGGCCUGCAGCGGCGGCGGCUGAUUCCUGCUCCCCUGCCGGAUAAUUCCUCUCCUGGCAGGAAGGCUGGAGCUGCAGGCCAGUGGGUGGACCUGCCUCCACUGGGGGGCUCCCUGAAGGAUGCCUUUGAGAUUAAAGUGUACGAGAUAGAUGACGUGGAGAGACUGCAGAGAUGCAAGGAAGGGAUGGUGACUGAGGGCUUGCAGUACUUCAGCGCUCGCCUCAGGAUGCUGGAGAAGAGGCAGCAGCAGAUCCGGGAGCUCAGGGCCAAGCACGAGAGGCUGAGGAGUGAACUGGAGGACGCCAAGACUCGGCUAAUGCUCGACCCCGACAAGUGGACAGGAGAGUUUGACGUGGAUCCGGAUCUGGACCCGGAGUCGCAGGACUACCUGGAGGCUCUGGUUCAGGCCACGGGAGAUCUGGAGUUCUGCGUCAACCUGUGCAAGUCUCGCGUCAUGAUGGAGACCUGCUUCGACAUUCUGGCACCAACAUCCCCGGGGCAGGAGCUGGAGGUGUGAUGAGGAGAUAACGAGAGGAGAGAAAACAUCAGUGGAUAUUUACUGAGAUAUUUAUUUAUGAUACCAGGAAGUGCCUUGAUUUGAAAAAAAAAAAUCAUUGUUUCUGAUCGGUGCUAGUGCUGAGAUCACGACUGUACCUAAGCAAACCCGUUAGCAGAUUUCUUUUGGAAUAUAAUAGUUAUUUUGCAUUGUAAUGUAGUGUGUAAAAAAAAAAUAAUAAUGAAAUUGAAAAAAGGGAGAAAAAGCAAUAAGGUAAUUUAUUGCCAAUCCCAGAACCUCCUGUGGAGCUGCCCAUCUUUAUUAACCUUUCUGUAUUGCUUAAUUAUUGUGUUUAUUUUAUUUAUAACCCUGCCAAAUUUUUAUUAUUUAAUAUAUUAACGUUAAACCACUAAACCCAUCGAGUAUUCACGCCCAAAUAAUUUUGCAUCAUAUCUAUAACAGACAUGUAGAUCCAUAUGUGGAUUGGCAUAAUCUGGUUUUGCAGUUAUCCCGAUUAGUUAAUCUCAGAUUUCUUAAGAAACGUCGAAAAAACAUUUUUUUUAUUCUUCAAAAAUAAUUGCCAGUUAGAAAUUGGCAAUAAAGAAAACAUGCCCAAGAUUUAAUGAAUACCAAGCAUGAAAGCAGCCUUGUAUGUGACACAUGACAUCUUUUAAUUAACAAAUUCAUCAAUUUAUGAAACACUGAUUAAUAUUUUUGCUGCUGGAAUAGAACCUGCCUCUAAAUACUCGAAGUAAUUUUGCUCAGAUGUUGCUCAAUGAGCCAAAAGACAAAAAUAAUCAAGAUCGACUCGGUCUAUUGGCUUCCUCUCGAGUCUUUGAUUCCUGAUCAUCCUUUAUGAUCUGUAUUCCAAAAAAAAAAUUCCUGUGGGAAAUGUGUUGCCAAAUUUAUUAAAAAAAAAAAAAAAGCAGAGUGCACACUAAAAAAAUUAACACUUAAAUUCAAAUCAAUCCUUAUUUAAGAAGCCUCAGGCUUUUAAACCUGAGCGCGUGAGUUCUCUUUAUUUAAUGCUUUAGGAUUUCUUAUUUUUAGCUAAUUAUUUACAUUAUUUUAUGAGUUUUUAAGAGUGUUUUUUUUUACAGAUAUGUAAGACCUUCUCAGUGUUUCAGCUUUAUAUUGUACAGUUUUUUAACGCUUUGUAAGAACAUGUACAGAACCUUCCAUAUGCAUCAGUACAUGAUUAUGAAUAAAAAAUUUUCGACUUUGUA